GCGCCGGCGCGCGGGCGCGAGCGGUUAAAGCGCUUUUCGGUGUUCGAGGACCUAGAUUUGUUCCCUCGGCCUGCCGGGUUCGAAGUCCCCUCAGCAAGGACCAAGGAGACUACCUCCUCCUAAGGAUUGUUUUCCUCCGGCUCCGAAGCCUCUCGGCGACCGUCUGUGGCCCUUGCCCUUUGACCCCGUGGCGGCGGGGUGAGAGGUCGGGUGGCCAUCUUGUGGCGGCGGCGCGGGCGGCUGUUACUGCGGAGACCUGUCCCCUCCCCCCACCUGGUACCCCUAGCUGUCUGUCAGUCGGCAGAGAGCCCUGCAGCCUGUCAGCGGAGGCCUGGGCCGAGUGCAGUCGCUUUCCCCGUCUCAUCGGGCGGCCCAGGCUGCUUCUCACCACCCCCACCAUGUCCUCCUUCUCGGAGUCGGCGCUGGAAAAGAAGCUCUCAGAGCUGAGCAACUCUCAGCAGAGUGUGCAAACCCUAUCCCUGUGGCUCAUCCACCACCGCAAGCACGCAGGACCCAUCGUCUCCGUGUGGCACCGCGAGCUCCGCAAAGCCAAAUCAAAUAGAAAACUUACUUUUCUAUACUUAGCAAAUGAUGUCAUCCAAAACAGUAAAAGGAAAGGACCUGAGUUCACAAGAGAAUUUGAAUCUGUCCUUGUGGAUGCUUUUUCUCACGUUGCCAGAGAGGCAGACGAAGGCUGUAAAAAACCUUUAGAAAGAUUGCUGAACAUCUGGCAAGAACGAAGUGUCUAUGGCGGCGAGUUCAUACAGCAGCUGAAGCUGUCUAUGGAGGACUCCAAGAGCCCUCCCCCCAAAGCAGAAGAGAAGAAAUCUCUAAAACGAACUUUUCAGCAGAUACAAGAGGAGGAAGAUGAUGACUACCCUGGAAGCUACUCUCCCCAAGAUCCUUCUGCAGGUCCUCUCUUGACUGAAGAGUUAAUCAAAGCUUUGCAGGAUCUGGAAAAUGCAGCAUCAGGGGAUGCUACUGUUCGACAGAAGAUUGCUUCCCUGCCCCAGGAAGUGCAAGAUGUGUCCCUGCUGGAAAAAAUUACAGACAAAGAGGCAGCUGAACGUCUUUCAAAAACAGUAGAUGAAGCAUGUCUGUUACUAGCGGAAUAUAACGGGCGCCUGGCAGCAGAACUGGAAGACCGGCGCCAGCUGGCUCGAAUGCUGGUGGAGUACACCCAGAACCAGAAAGAGGUUUUGUCAGAAAAAGAGAAAAAGCUAGAAGAGUAUAAACAGAAGCUUGCUCGAGUAACCCAGGUCCGCAAGGAACUCAAGUCCCACAUUCAGAGCUUGCCGGACCUCUCACUGCUGCCUAAUGUCACAGGGGGUCUGGCACCUCUGCCCUCUGCUGGUGAUCUCUUUUCAACUGACUAGGACAGGAAUCAUGUCCCAGGUUUCUAUGUGUGCCAGAGAAAAGAAGCAAGUCACUGUUGGAGACAGUCCCCUGGCCCUAGCUCCAUCUCUUCAGCCAGCAUCUGCCUCAGUAAUGAAGCAGGGAACUCUGACUUCUCACUCUCCUCCGGCUCCCUCCUGAGCAUGGUUCAGAACCGUGCAGAUGGACUCAGUGUUGAUUCGUACUUGCUAAGAAGACACUCUCCCUCCCACUCAUGUCUCUUACCACUGCUGCGUUUCCAUCCUUAGCUCUCUUACACCCAUAAGCCAUGAAAAUCAUGUGUACUUCUGGAAGCUUUGGAGAAGCUUGCCUCAAUGACAUCACAUGUCAUGGAAGUCUGAGCUGGCCUUGAUCAGGUUCAGAACAGGCUCCCAGUGAGGACUCCGGCUGCAGAGACUGGCUUUCCUGGCCACCAUCUCCUCACAAGGUCGGCAGCCCAGCUUUGCCACAGAGUUUGCCAAAUUGUCGACAUUUCCCAACCUAAACACUUCUAUUAGAGAAGUGUUGUCAUGGUUAGGUAUGCUUGUUUUACGAGUAUUCUAGAGAAUCCAACAAUAAGAUUCAAAGCUGAUCUGAGAUAUAAAGUUAUAGUGCAAGCACAGAGGGCAGGGAUCCCAAGCCGUUUCCCUGCCACACUUCGCAAGGGUCCCCAGUUUCAGAGCGCCUUCCUAAAGCAGGACUCUCUGCCCCCUGGUGCUGGGAAGAAAGCUGUUGGGACAGCACACCCAGGCUGACAAAUGCUCCACAGCUUGAGUCUGGGCUCUUGUGCAUGUUGCUCUCACCUUCCCUUCCGUUAGGGCUGGAGCUUACAGUAACGCACCAUGCGGACACACAUCCGCAGUAUGGUAACUAAACUUGAACUUCUCUACAGGUAGGACACUGAGCACGCCAGGCAGUUCAUGCCACUCUGUCUCCAUGCUCCCAUGCAAAGGGAGGAGUGCUCAUACAGAGAACUCACCUCCAGCAGAGGAAGGGAAGGGAAGGAAACUAAUUUGGGGUUUUAAUUCCAUUAUCAUGCCAGCUGACAUUAUGACUGAAUGAUGUAGUUAAGAUUUUUACGUCUUAAAAAAAAAAAAAAAAAAAAGAGCCGGGCGGUGGUGGCGCAUGCCUUUAAUCCCAGCGCUUGGGAGGCAGAGGCAGGCAGAUUUCUGAGUUCGAGGCCAGCCUGGUCUACAGAGUAAGUUCCAGGACAGCCAGGGCUACACAGAGAAACCCUGUCUCAAAAAACCAAAAAAGAAAAAAAAGAAAAGAAAAGAUUUUUACGUCUAGUAAAGAUUGGGCCUGAGCCUGGACCUGGAAAUAAUUGUAAUCUGACAGGCUUAUUUUUGACAUUGGAAAGGGCAGAAACCAUUUUGUCCUACUAGUGUAAUAGGAAUUGUCGCCUGGAGCUGAAGUCCAAAAACCAUAAGAAGGAAUUCAGUAAAGGGGCCUUGAGAAGCUUCAUUACUUUAACUUGCUGUUUUCAGGAUCACCAAAAAAAAAAAAAAAAGCACACAUCGUUUUUACAUGUUAAAGCAAACCUAUGUGCCACCAGGCAGGCAGGCUUUGGUCUGAGAAGCCGCCCCACCUGCUAUGAGGUGAGAUUCAGUUUCGCUAUGUCCAGCCUGGUCUGGUCUUUGUGGAAGCUGUUAUUCACAUUGAAUGCAGGCUGCUGUUUGCUUGUUCACGCUGCCUUUUUUGUCAGCAUCGUUUUCUCCAGAGGCUACAGAACAGCAGUGACUCAGGUGAAAUCCCAGUCUCUGCUGUGGAACACCUCCCCACACAGCGUGCCACUUUACUGUCACAUGUACACACCGCUCUGAACAUCUCCCCCAGACACUGCUUUCCGGAAAUAGACCAAAAGACUGUAGCAGCUCUGCUCUGAUGACAACUUAGUGGAGUCAGCUCAGUGCUAUGCUUUAUUCUUUGGAGUCUCUGACCAGCAAUCAGGAUCAAGACGUGAACCAGUAACUAUUAUGUAAUGAAUGUGUUGGCCUCUUAACACCAGUUGCUAGCGACUUCCUGUGAGGAAGUUAGUUUCGUUUUAAUGAAAUGCUUCAGUUUUUUUAAUCUUCCUUGUUGUGUGCCUCCUCCUUCCUCUCCCCCCCCCCCGCCCCCCCAAGUCUCCCAACUGUGUGCUUACUUCCCUUGUUUAACUUAAGUGAAACUUUUGUUCCUGAGAGUUGAUCGGCGGGUGGGGUGGGUGGCUUCUGGUUUUGUGUUUCUUUAGGGCAUCAUAGGCCUCAAGGAUCUUUCCCUUAGGGUCAUAUUCCUCAGAAAGUCUAAAGUCUUUCUUUGUUUUUGUUUGUUUUUCUUAAAGGAUAUUUUUAAAGCUUAAAUUUGUAUAUUAAUUUAGGACUUUAUUUAGAAGUAUAGGCUGUCAUUGGUGGCAGCAGUAUAUUCUGAAAUGUCUCAUAGAUAUAUAUUUUUGAAUAAAGAUGGUGUUGUUGAACAACAUUA